CUACAUUAUUGUUCCUGAAAUAAACUCUCCGACAUUUGGACACGCGGCUUCAAUCUGCGUCUCCUCUUAGCUGCCGACUAUCACGUCCUUUCUCCGACGCCUUCUGUGUUUUUCACCUCCAAUCAAGAUCCCCCGCGCUGACAACAUGGCUGACAGGAGGAAGCUGGAAGGGUACCAGUUCUGGGAGGAGACCCUGAAGAAGGCGCGCUACGUCGUGGCUCCCAUGGUGGACCAGAGUGAGUUGCCAUGGCGACUGCUGAGCCGCAGGCACGGCUGUCAGCUUGCUUACACGCCCAUGUUCCACGCGGCGCUGUUUUCGCGGGAGGAAACGUACUUCAGGGAUGCCAUGCAGACGUGUCCCGAAGACCGACCGCUCAUUGUGCAGUUCUGUGCGAAUGACCCUGAUAUACUGGUGCAGGCAGCCCUGCUGGCUCAGGACCACUGCGACGCUAUAGAUCUCAACCUGGGAUGUCCGCAGUCCAUUGCUCGAAGGGGUCACUAUGGAGCGUUUCUCCAGGAUGACUGGGAUCUGAUCCGUAGGUUGGUGUCUGCCGUGCAUGAACGGUGUUCAGUGCCUGUAACCUGUAAGAUUCGAGUCUUCCAAGAUGUGAAGAGGACAGUGGAGUAUGCUCAGAUGCUGGAGAAAGCAGGAUGCCAGCUCCUGACGGUCCAUGGACGUACCAAGGAACAGAAGGGGAGUCUGACAGGUCUGGCCAGCUGGGAGCACAUCAAAGCUGUCAAGGACAGUGUGAAGAUCCCUGUCUUUGCCAAUGGGAACAUCUUAAACCUGCAGAGUGUUGAGAGGUGUAUGAAGGAAACGGGGACGGAUGGAAUCAUGACAGCAGAGGGAAACCUGCACAACCCUGCCCUGUUUGAAGGGAAGAACCCGCCUGUGUGGGAGAUGGCUGACGAGUAUUUGCAGCUGGUCAGGGAGAACCCAUGUCAGCUGUCUGCAGUCAGGGGGCAUCUCUUCAAACUCUGGCACCACAGCCUUCAGAUCCACACAGACAUGCGGACUGCCUUGGCACAGGGCAAGACUUUCGAAAGCCUAGUUGAAGUGUCUGAAGAAAUGAAGAAACGCUGUCAGGAGGAGGCGUCCAAGCCUGGUGCAGAUCAGCCGACUAACGGCCUACCCUUCCCACACUGGAUCUGUCAGCCGUACAUCAGGCCAAGGGGUGAUCAGAAAGAGAGGGAGCAGGCCAACAAGGAGCGACCACCAAAACGGCACUUAAAUCAGGAAGGAGAAAAUGCUGGGUUGUCGCGGAACCAGAUCAAACGGAGGAUGCGCUACCCGCACAAAAACUUCCUUAGCAAAGGGUUGGGGCCAUGGAUUGCUUGUGAGAAGUGUGGAAACCCAAAGGGCCUGAACUGUGUCUUUAGCUUGUGUCGAGCCUGCUGUAAGGUCCAGGCACAUGCAGAGAAGAUGGACUGUCCAAGUCACCGACUCUGGUUUAAAACCAAGGAGGAGCGACGAAGGUUAUGGGAGGAAAAGAAGCACCAAAAACAACAAGAAAACACAAGCAAUGAACAUGAAGACAACACAUCACCUGAUCCAGACAAUCCAAAUAAUUCUGUAAAGAAUGAAGAUGGCUCACUGACUACUCAGGUUGAGGAGAAGUGUGAAGUAAAUGGGAAAGAGACUCAGGCCUCUCAGCAUGGAGGCGGCCCAGUUCUGUCAGAAAAGGCCCCUGUGGUGCCGCCUCAUCAUCAACAAGACCCCAAAGGUGCAGAGGCAGAUGAUAAGAUGCCUGAUAUUAAAAAUGGUGACAUUCAGGACUCCCCACCUACCAAAGUGUGCCUGCUUGAUACAGACUGAGACACUACUAGGGGCAGGCCGUAGGGGGGACUCCGAAGUUAAGGCUGGAGUAAACAUCUAAGCACAACAAGUAACAAAAGAACAGGAAGCAAAGGAGGAAAAUGGUACAUGGACCAAAUAAAGCCAGGGUAUUGCAAUUGUUCAGAAAAUGUCAUAAAUAUUCUCACAAUUUAGUUGUUAGGUCAUCUUUUGAUGAAUAAGAAAAGGAAAAGUUAUGGUGAAUUACAUUGUAAGUCUUAAUUUAGCUUAUUAUUGUACUUAUUUAGCAAUGUUAGUUUACUAUUGUUGAAAGCAAUGAUUUGUAGCAAUGAAGUUGAAGUAGUAUGCUGUACAGUCUAUCAUUUGCAGCUUUAUCAUACCACAAUUCUAGAUUAGUCACAGCAUCCAAGUCUACAUGAACCAACAUGUAUUACAGUCAAGACGCAAAUUUAAAAGUGAACGCAAUUAUAGUGAUUCAUAGAAACUUGAGUCUGAUGUUUACCUCUGUUUCAUGCUACAUUUGUAAGUCAUUUAUUUCAACUUUGUCAGAACAGUCUUUGUCAGAAAUGUCUCUAAACAUUUGUAGCAACCUUUUAUGUAAAAGAAGACAGUAUGUACUGUUUUUAUGAUGGUGCAACAUGAAGAGCAGCUCAAUGUGAUAAGCCCAGGCAAGUUCUUAGAUGAGUAUAUAAUAAAUUUCUGACAGCCUGCUUCAGCAGAACUAUUUAUAUGUAAUUCAACAAAGAAUUGGGUAUUUGGAAAAAGUCCGUAAACAGUAACUAUUUUGUCUAUUUCUAAAUGGUGUAAUGAGAAAGUUUGUAUCGGCCAGUGUGUGCUUUAUGAAGUCGAGCGUGCUUUAAAUGUUUUGAGAGGGAAGCUAUCACUGGAGAUGCAGUGUAACAAAACUGUUAUUGACGAAGUAUUGUAAAGUCUUCAUCAUCUGUAAAAUCAGUACUAUCAGUAUCCUUUUAUACAUUGUAUGUAGAAAGGAUUGAAAGAAGAAUUGGUCUGGGAAAGUA